UUCCUCAUAUUUUCCUAUAAAACUCUUGUAUUUAAGGCCCUCACGGUUUUCCUACUCUUUCAUCUCAAACAAUCUUUCCUUAACGUACAAACACAUACGUAGUUACGUAGUCCAAAAGUUCUCGUAGAUAUGGAGGCAAACCAGAAAAAACGCAUGUUGGAGAUCACCGUUGUGUCGGGAGAAAACAUAAGACUGGAUCGAAAUUCAGUUUCCGAGGUCUGUGUUGUUGUUCGUGCUGAGUCUUUGAACUGUUGCAGGACCAAAAUGGUGAAUGGAAAUGAUGGAGUGCAUGCAUGGAAUGAGAAAUUGGUGUUGGAGGUUCCUUCGUAUGCAAGGUCUGUUACGUUUGAGGUGCAAUGCAAGAAAUACAAAGAAGCUCGUCCUGUCGGAGUAGCAAGGAUUGCUCUUUCGGAUUUAGUUAGUGUCAAAAAUGACAGUGUUUUGUCUGAAAAUGUUCCUCAAAGUUUUUGCUAUGGUUUAAGGGGCUGGGAUGGUCGACGGAACGGAGUUAUUAAUUUCUCAGUGAAGAUGGUGGAUAAUUUGUGUUUAGAAACGGAGCAAGAGAAAGACGUAAAGAUGGUGAACUCUACAGGAAUUGAAAGGGAAGUUACAGGAUUUCGUAUGAACCCUAACAAAUCAAAUCGUGUUGUCAUUGGCAUUCCAGUUAAUUGGUUUGCUAAACUUUUGAAGGUUGAGGGUUGAUUUUCUUUAUAUAGAUUAUCUUCAAACAUGGAUUUUAAGUUUACUACAUAGUUUGUUUACGUCCUUGGUUGCUUGGUGUGCAUGAGGUUAUCUGAGUUGAUACUAAAGCUGCCACAAAAUAUACUAAUUUUUCUGAUGGUAUUCCUUUGCUUGCAAGCUUUAUCUUUGUUGUUACCUUAUCCAUCAUUACCCUUUACGCUAAUAUUUGUGUCUUUAGAAUCUCAUUUAAACUUCACAACAUUUUUAAUGCUU